AGGCCAACUCCAUUGACCACAUCAUCAUUACAAGAAUCAUCCAUAAUUAUGGCUUUCCCAAUGCAGCUCUUUCUUCUCUUUUCACAUUAUAAGCUUAUAUUAUUAUACUACAUGGUAGUAGGUACUCAAUGCUAAACCACAUUAUUCAUAAAAGCUAUAAAUUUUGUUCACACACACAAAGAACAAAGAAUCACACUUGUGAGUUUGAAAUAUACACAUUUAGGAGGGUACUCAUCAUCUUCAUGGUGCUUAAAAAUUCUCUUUUCAUUGGUUAACUUCACCAUCUUGUUUUUUUGGAGUCACUUGUUUUAUGAAAAGAUCAAGUAUAGGAUGUGUUUGAUGAAUAAAAAUGGUAUGUGAAAAAACUUCAUGGCAAAGAGGAAGAGCUGGUUUGGCUGGGUGAAAAGUCUAUUCAUUUCUGAGUCAAAGGACAAAAAGCAAAAGAAAUGUGGAUGGAGAUUUGCAAGGAUUAAACAAAAGCUAUUAUACCCCAAAAUUACAGCUUCAAACAAGACUUUGAUUGAAGCAAGUGAAGAACAGAGAAAGCAUGCAUUGGCUGUGGCUAUUGCAACAGCAUCUGCAGCAGAAGCUGCUAUUGCUGCUGCACAUGCUGCUGCUGAGGUUGUCAAGCUCACAAGUGGCACGUCUCGUUCUUAUUCGUAUCUAUCCAAGGGAGACAGAAGUUUGGCUGCCAUCAAGAUUCAAAGUGUAUACCGUGCGCAUCUUGCUAGGAAAGCAUUAAGAGCAUUGAAGGGAGUGAUAAGACUUCAAGCCAUAAUUCGCGGUGAAGCUGUUAGGCGUCGAGUGUCCAGAACUUUGAAGAAUAUUCCCUCAAAUGCAAAAACUGAGAAGCAAAUCGAGGAAAGAAGCAGCCAUACAAAGGAAGAAAACUACGAAAAUGACCAUAUAAAACAGUUUCCAAAGCAAAAGAAAAAGAUAGAAGAGAAUGAACUUAAGCCUGAACUCCAUAGUCAAAGAACUUGGAAUUGUAGCUCACACUCGAGAGAAGACAUUGAAGCCAUAUGGUUAAGAAAGCAAGAGGCUAUUGUCAAAAGAGACCGCAUGAGGCAAUACUCUUCUUCGCAAAAGGAGAGAAUGUUUUCCCAAAUGGUGGAAGAAUCUUUGCACAACAAAGAAUUUGUUGAAGAUAAUUGUCGUACUCUAGGAGAGUGGCUACAUAAAGAAACAUGUAACUGGGAUGUUCUUUAUAAACCGGCUCAUCCUUCGAAUAUUACAAUAAGAAAUGAAGUGCAAGAAGGAUUGAAAUCACAAGUUUCAGUCCAAAGAAAAUCAUUUUCUCAUGUAAAAAGAAGUUCAAUCGGAGAUGAGAGUUCUCUGCCGAAUUCUCCGGUUUUCCCUAAGUACAUGGCUGUGACUGAAUCUAGCAAAGCAAAAGUAAGGUCUAUGAGCACACCAAGGCUAAGAACAGGAUUUUCGGAUGUGUGUUCAAAUCAGAAUGAGCACCAAUACAUGAAUUUCUAAAAAUCAACUCAAGGGUGUUGCGAAAAACUACUUAACAAGCUCAUUUCAUGCAUGAUUCCUCACCUUUUGAAAAUCUUCACAUGCAUAUAUGGAGUGUUUUAUGUAUGAGUCUGACCAUUACGUUUUUCUUUUAACGGAUUUUUUUGUUCUUGGUUUUUGAGAGGAGAAGUGUUACCGGUGAGUACAUAAUACAUGUCUAAAAUGUGUAUACAUCUUAUUUUUAUUCGAUCUUUCUCCAUUGUAUUCUUCAUUUGUUUAUAUGAGUUUGGUGUCAUACUGUCAUUGAAGAUUUCCAUCUGAUAAUCUGCUAAAAUAAUUAUGUAUUGUAUUGAAGAAAUUUGAUU